UCGAGGGAUUAACCAGAAAAGGGAGGAAAGCGAGUGGAGUGGAGUGGAGUGGAGUGGAGAAUGCCGCUGAAAAAGGUGACGGUGAAGGAGUACGACUCGCAGGAUGAGGCCAGCACCGAGUUGCUGGAGAAGCUGAAGCACCUGGACCGCCGCGUGGAUGCCGCCGAGGGCGGGGGCGUGGCCAAGGGGGCGGCGGGCGGUAGGCGGGGCACCGCCUUCUGGCAGUCGGUGAAGUGGAAGUCGGCCCUCAAUCACAUCGGACUGCUCGUCUCGCUGUCCAUCUACUGCGGCGUGGGCGGAUUGAUAUUUCGCCACUUGGAGCGUCCCGCGGAGGUGGAACGUCUCUCGUAUCUGAAGGACGUGGUGAAGACGCACAGGGAACGCUUCAUGCACACCAUAUUGAACAACUCCGAGGUGCACAAUCUCAACGAGCUGUUGUCGUUCGAGCUGGCCAAAUAUGAAGCGGCCGUUCAACAGGCGGCUGAAGGAGGGCUGCUGAUCGUGGCCGACAAAGACUUUCCAGAGCCCUACGAGCGAUGGAGCAUCCUGCAAGCUGUGUUCUUCUCAUCGACUGUGUUAACCACUAUAGGCUAUGGCAAUAUUGUGCCCGUGACAACCGGUGGUCGGGUGUUCUGCAUCUGCUUCGCCCUCAUUGGAAUCCCCUUCACCCUCACAGUAAUUGCCGACUGGGGUCGAUUGUUUGCCACCGCCGUCUCCGUGUUUGGCAAGCACAUGCCCACCAAGCCGAAGUUCACAAAUUUUAUUGGCAAAACCUGGUUUUAUGCCAUUUUGGCCGUUGGCUUUUUGGGUGUUUACUUGGCCGCUGGAGCUGGACUUCUUCUGCUCUGGGAGGAUGAUUGGACCUUCUUCGACGGUUUCUACUUUUGUUUCAUCACCAUGACUACCAUCGGAUUCGGUGACUUAGUGCCAAAGAAGCCCAACUACAUGUUGCUGUGCACGUUGUACAUUCUCAUUGGCUUGGCUCUAACUUCGACCAUAAUUGAGCUGGUGAGACGACAAUACGCCACCAGUUGGGCCAAGCUACAGGAACUGUCUGGUCCAAUGGCGGAGACUCUUCGUCGCUUGGGCGAAACAGCUGGCACAGGACUGGACUACACUGCCCUGCAGAAGGUUCUUACGGUUUCCAUGCCCAAGUGGAACAGCAAGAAGAACGAGCACAGCCCCGAUAUUGCAGCCUUGGAGGCCAUCACCAAUGCCAUUCUGAAGGAAGUCAAGGAGGCCCAGAACAACAAGCCCAAGGUCCUGCAAAUCGUCAUCUACGAGUCCUCCGUCUAAAGAAGUGGAAAACUAGAAGGCAAAGUAAUCAGACGGCGCGACGAGAGAGCUUCCAUCGAAAGAAGUGCUGCAUAGUUUUGGGCAACCAGCGAGAAAGAAAUAUCAUGAAAAAUAUCAAUCGUAGCUAGGUUACAGUGGACACUGGCUACUGUAGCACUGCCAGACUUCCAUAAGUUAGUGUCCGUACUUAUAGCUAUUAUAUAGUCAAAUGUCUAGGCAAUAACAUUGCUCAUACGUACUGAGGCCACACCACACUCACACACAUGCAAAGCGCGGCAGGUGAUUUAAUGUCUAUGGUCGUAGAUAAUCGUUUUUUUUUUUGAGGAGGAAUUCUAUCCGUAUGGGGUAGCUUAAGUCAUAGUCUUAAUUGUAACU